GGCUCGCCGGGUUGGGUCGUAGACUUUCCUUCUUCGCUCGCGUCUGCUCCGCCCUCUGUUCUUGUGGAUAACUUGCAGCUCGCAGAUCGCAACAUGACUCUGGAAGAAGUUCGUGGCCAGGACACGGUUCCAGAAAGCACAGCCAGGAUGCAGGGCGCCGGGAAAGCGUUGCACGAGCUGCUGUUGUCGGCGCAGCGCCAAGGCUGCCUCACGGCCGGCGUCUACGAGUCAGCCAAAGUCCUGAACGUGGACCCCGACAAUGUGACCUUCUGCGUGCUAGCCGCUGACGAGGAGGACGAGGGCGAUAUCGCGCUGCAGAUCCACUUCACUUUGAUCCAAGCGUUCUGCUGUGAGAACGACAUAGACAUCGUGCGCGUGGGCGACGUGCAGCGGCUGGCGGCGAUCGUGGGUACCGGCGACGAGUCGGGGGCACCUGUAGACCUGCACUGUAUCCUCAUUUCGAACCCCAAUGAGGACGCAUGGAAGGACCCCGCCUUGGAGAAACUUAGCCUGUUCUGCGAGGAGAGCCGCAGCGUCAACGACUGGGUGCCUAAUAUCACCCUUCCCGAGUGACAGCCCGGUGGGGAUCCUUGGUUUGAUCGACGUGGUGACGCCCCGGGGCGCCUAGCGCGGGGCUGGCUCUGUGGAUGCGCCCUCGGAGGGCGCCGGAGUGCGGCGUGGAGACUGGCAGGCGGGGGCGCGUGGAGAGCGGCGAGGAGGUGCGGUUCCCUCCCGAGGAGGGGCCCAGCGGCGACAGGGGAAGGCUGGCCCCAGCCCAGGACUCUACAAGUGUGGGGAGCGGCUGCUCGCCCGGGAAGGCCGGAGGCGGGACCUUGGCCGCGCGGCCGGGAAGGACAGACUGGCCGGGCAGGCGUGACUCAGCAGCCUGUACUCCCGGCAGAAAGGAGGGGAAAGGCAAGGCCAGGCGGCUUGGACUUGUACGGUUACAGGAGCUCUGACGGACUUGAGCAGUAUGCACUGCUGUUUCAAAACGGAUACGGGCAAUGCUUCAUUUUCUAAAGGAUUAUGCUGCUGCAGCUUUGAGUUUUACAAUAAACUUAACUGAAACAAA